AACAACAGUCUAUUGUGAAAAGUAUUUAAAAAUCUUCAGUAUUACAUAUUUUUUAAAUUUAAAAAUUACGCGCGCUUUCUGAAAACAGUGCAUCUCGUGCCAUCUGAUGGAAGAUGAUAAGAUUACAAAAAACAAACAAUAUAUUAUUGGAAAAUAAAGUUUAAAGUGUUUUGAAAACUUUAGUUCCCCAUGUUCUUUAAAGUUUAUAUUUAUGCUCGCUCUGAAUCUGAAUUUUUUAAAAAGUCGUACUUACCGACGAUUCAACAAUAAAAACCAAUAGUUAUCGACGUAUUUGAAUUUAUACUAUGAUAGUAACCAGGAGAGAAUUCUUUAACUGUCAUAUCGGCUGGGAUUAUAUCUGAAACUUCAUCUUUACAUCAAAAUGCCUUUAAGUACCAAAAAACUGGAAUUAUCAUUAUAUACAAACAUGUAAAAUGAAAUUUCUGAAUUUAUUAUUUUAAUACUGCAGCAGUUUAAAAUUUCAAGCUUUCCUUCAUAAUUUUCAGUCCACAACGGAAAAUGUACUCCAGUGUACUUUCUAGCUAUUCUGUAGUUAUGGAUUACAGUUUAAAAUUGUAUACGUAUGAAUUGCAAUUACUGUUUAAAAUUAAUUCAAUCUUUAACAUUAAUAAUAGAAGAUUAAAAUAAAGGAACUUGUAAAAUUAAAAAAAAAAUAAUAAUUCUUAUCAGAAUUUAUGUUGAAGUAUCAAAGUAGAAUUUGAUUUGAAGAGGGGAACAAUGCAAAGGUCUUUAAGAUUAAAACGCGAACUUGAACGACUUGCUCAGCAUCCUUCAGAAGGAAUUUGCUGCUUUUCAAAAUCUGAUGAUCUUGAAAAUUUAGUGGCAACGAUUAUUGGACCACAUGGAAGCCCAUACAGUGGAUGUAUUUUUCAGUUAGAAAUUAACAUAUCUAAGCAAUAUCCAUUUGAACCUCCACGGAUUACUUUCCAGACACCUAUUUACCAUCCAAAUAUUGAUAACAAAGGUCGUAUUUGUAUGGAUCUAUUAAACAUGCCACCUAAAGGUAGUUGGAAACCAACUAUCGGUUUGAAAAAUUUAUUAGAUGCUGUACAAUGUCUAUUAGCAAAUCCAAACCCUGAUGAUCCUCUGAUGGCAGAUAUAGCACAAGAAUACAAAUUUAAUAGACAAGAAUUUGAAAAAAAAGCAAAAAGAUUUGCAGAGAAAACAAAGAAGAGUCUUUCUUAAUUAAGUCACAAUAUUUAUUAAUUAAUAAAUUAUUAGUUAAGUUAAAUUAAAAAAUAAA